AAAAAUCAGUUUGCUUGGCCAUCGGAAACGUAUUUUGGCCUCACUGGGAGACAGGCUUCACGAAGAUCCACCUCAGAAACCACCAAGAUCUAUAACCCUCAGGGAACCCAGUGGUAACCACACUCCUCCUCAGUUGUCUCCCUCACUCAGCCAAAGCACUUACACUACUGGUGGCUCCCUGGACGUUCCACACAUUAUCAUGCAGGGGGAUGCAAGGAGAAGAAGAAAUGACAGCUAUUUUGAUGAUAUUCCUCGGUCAAAACUGGAGAGACAGAUGGCACAGCAGUCUUCUGUCUGUGAAAUUUGGACCAGCCAGAAUGCAGGAUAUCCUUACACAGCAGUCCAUCAGGUUCAUAAUACUGGAGACUGGGGUGAACCAUCAAUUACCUUACGACCUCCUAAUGAGGCAACAGCAUCAACACCUGUACAAUACUGGCAGCAUCAUCCAGAGAAGCUAAUCUUCCAGUCAUGCGAUUACAAAGCAUUUUAUUUAGGUUCUAUGCUGGUAAAAGAGCUAAGAGGCACAGAAUCAACGCAGGAUGCCUGUGCAAAAAUGAGGAAGUCUACAGAACAAAUGAAGAAAGUUCCUACUAUUGUUUUAUCAGUCUCUUAUAAAGGGGUAAAAUUUAUUGAUGCAACAAAUAAGAAUAUUAUUGCUGAACAUGAGAUUCGUAAUAUUUCUUGUGCUGCACAAGACCCUGAAGACCUCUCUACAUUUGCUUAUAUCACAAAAGACUUGAAGACAAAUCACCAUUACUGCCAUGUGUUCACAGCCUUUGAUGUGAAUUUAGCCUAUGAAAUAAUUCUCACAUUGGGACAGGCAUUUGAAGUAGCCUACCAACUAGCACUUCAAGCUCGAAAAGGAGGUCAUUCUUCAACCCUUCCUGAAAGCUUCGAUAAUAAACCUACAAAACCAAUUCCAAAACCUCGUGUUAGCAUUCGAAAAUCUGUGAUAGAUCCCACUGAACAAAAGACUCUUGCCAACCUACCAUGGAUUGUAGAACCAGGACAAGAAGCUAAAAGAGGAAUUAAUACCAAGUAUGAAACCACAAUUUUCUGAUAGUGAACUGUCCUCUGUUUCUUGUUGUGCCUUGCACUCAAAGCAGUCAUAGCACAGCCUUUCCUUGACGGCAACUCUUCAGUCUAGUAGAGGGGAAGACUGCACUAUAUGAGUGGCCUUGAAACUAGCAAAAACAUACAAACAAAAACAAAAGGCUGCUGGUCAUUUCUGGUGAUUGUUCUUCCUGCAGCACUGAUAGAAGAAUGACAUGGGAUGAAGACUUUUCAAUUACAGCCCACAAGAGGAGUGGGAGAUUGUUUCACGCACGCUCUUCUCUUAGGACUUUGCCACAGUGCUUUCUUUUGAUUUCGUAUUUUAACGUUCUACUUUUACAAAGGUCUCUAACGGUAAUGCUGCUUAGUAAUACAACGUUCAGUUGUGGUUGGGUUUUUAUUUUCACACAUGACAGUUUUUAAAUUGAAACAAACCCAGAUUAGUUAAUAAAAUAUUUGAGAUAUGUUUGUGAAAUCAUGGGAAUCUAUAUAAGUUAAUUCUACUGUUUAAUAUGUUUUUCAAAAUUAGUAAUGGCAAGACAUUAGCUUCCUUGACUUCUGUAUUUGCUGGUCUAUGUAUUCUUCAUGCCAUUUAAUCCUCUAGAGAAAUGAGGUUAUAUAUGUCAGUGUGAAACAGAAUCAGAGUUUUAUUAAUGGCUUAAAAAAAGAGGAAUUAAUAAUGCAUGAAAAAUGCACCUUGUAUUAAAUAUUUUUGUGGGAGAGAAGAAAACUAUAAGAGCAAGUAUGAUAUUUAUGAUAAAGGAGGUCAUUAAUUAUGAAGAGAGUCUGGAUUUAUUUUAAAGUUAAAUAAACUGCUACUGUACUAUCUAACAGUAGUAACAGUGGGGCCAUCAAUACGCUGGAUGCUUCACUUCAUGGGGUAAAACGGAAGCUGCCCAGCAAUUGCACUACAGGCACAUGCAACUAUACACAGUUUUUCAAGUUAUUAUAGCCAUGAGUUUCGGUUUUAAAAAAUCUGAAAGAUGGUUUUAAACAAAACUAGGAAUUUUAACAAAUUUUCUGUCUCAGAAAGCUGGUUUUAAUGAAAAAGUUCAACUCAAAAGGUUUUUUCCUAAAUGAAGUAAACAAUUCCAAAGUAAUAAUUAUUUCCACAAAUCAGUUGAGCAUUGGCUUGACAGUUGACUUAAUGAAAUUUUCUUUGAAGUAUUUUAAUUUUUUAAAUGUCUUUGUGGAGUAUUUGUAUAAUAACAUUAUGUAUUUCAGUGAAACUGAAUGAAUUAUAACAGUAAAAAUAUCAAUCAUAGGCAAAAAAAUGACAUUUUAAUGUAUGUUCUAUCCAGUCAAAUUGUGAAUCAUUUUGAACUUCAUUAUAGAGAUAUUGAUGAAUAGUGUGGUUGACUUAAAUGUUUUUUAUUAUUCUUUCAUAUUUAACUGAAAGGUUUCAGUUACACUCAACAACUGAAUUUUUAACAAAAUUGAUAAUUGAACUUGAUUAAAAAUUCAAAAUUGUAUAUGGUUUAGUUGAACCUAAUCAUAGCGCUGAAUGACAAAAAACCUUUUAAUACAGUAUUCAAUUUACUUGAACCAAUCAGCUCCUUGUACAUAUUAUGCCUAUUCAUUGUUGAUAUGUAUGUAGUAGGCUGACAGUAAACACUGAAAAAUAUAGUACCAAAAGGAAUAUUGUAUAGGAGAAAAGUAAAUAGUAGCCUCACUGCAACAAAUACUUCUAUGUAAAUAUGCUUGGGCUUCCAGUUAUAAAUUUUGUAAUUUUUGUCAUUAUUUAUAUCCUAUAAAAGCACACAAAAUAAAUUGAAGUUGU